GAAACAAAGUUUCGAACAAAUCAAUAAAACGGAAACGUGAGAGAGCGCUGCGCAAAAGAGAAAAUAAAAGCGAACGCAAUCGACCAACGCAUAGAAGAAAACAAGUGAUGCCGCACAACAACCAGCCAUCGCCCGGGGACGAUCAGUUGGGACCGCCAAAGGCUGACUUCAGUGCCCCUCCGCCGUACGAGGCGAACGUGGGCCAGGGCCAGCAGAUGGCUCUGCCGGCCCAGAUGCCAACGCUGGCCCUGGCCACACCCGAUCCCGGCCAGAUGCAGGUGCAGAUCCCGAUGCAGAUGCAGGUGCAGCUGCCGGGCCAGGCGGAUUUGCUGACUGCCCAACUGCCGCCGGAGAUUCACGGCAAGCUGCCCACCUACGAGGAGGUGCAGAUGGAGAAGUCGCUGAACGGAGAGCUGCCGCCCGCCUUUUUGACUUUGCCCACCUCGCAGCAGCUGCCGCCGCCGCCGAAUCCGUUGCUGCCGCCAAAUCCAUUGCGCGACGGUGCCGCCGCCGUGCGAUCCGCUCAGCCGGCACUUACGUUCAUCGCCAUCGAUGCCAGCGAUCCGGAAAACAGCCUGUCGACCACGGACAACUUGCUCGGCACGGACAUCAUGUUCAUCACGGCCUUCAUUGUGGCCUUUCUGUUCAACUGGAUCGGCUUCCUGAUGCUCACAUGUUUCUGUCACACAAUCGCCGCCCGGUAUGGCGCACUGUCCGGAUUCGGCCUGUCGCUGGCCAAAUGGACACUGAUCGUUAAGCACUCGACGGACUUGGCCUCGCACGAGAACUCCUGGCUUUGGUGGCUGAUCUGUGCCUUCGGCUUCCUGAUCAGCAUACGCGCUCUCAUCCAGUACGUGAGCAUCAAGCGGUCGUGGCGCCUGCUCUCCGCCUCCGCCCAGGAAAGGCUGCUGUUUUUCUACUAGGUGCGCCAAGGUGGCUUCGAGUGGCUUCGAUUGGCUUCGAGUGGCUGCCAUGUAAAUACGUUGUGGGUGGCUAGGAAGCUCGAAUCUUACCCGAUCCCGAUCCCAACACCCCAAAAAAAAAAAAUCCCAGAACCGACACACACAAAAACCAAACAAAUUCAAUGCGAACUUAUUUCGGAGCGUUCUCGAAAUCUCUAGAGACAUUAUGUAGGGGUUUUGAAAGUAUAUGCAAUUAAAUGUAUUAGUCCCGUUCUGUUUUGAUUUAAAUUGAAGUUAUAAGUAAUGUACAAAUUUACACUUUUUUAAAACAAAUUUUGUUUUAGAGCCAGAGCUCUGUGCUGUCACUUCUGCGACUUUAAUUGGAUUACUAGCAAACCCAAAACUGUAUUACAUUUCUAGAAACUUUAAUUUGUUUUAGAAAAAACUAAUGUAUUGUAUACUUUUAGACACCUAGUCCUGUUUGCAAGCGGUUCAGCGCCGAAGGUAAUUUUUAAAACCUCUAUCGAUUUCGUGAGCACACCGAAUUGUGGGUUAGUGUUUUCUCUAGUUACUUUGUUAAUAAUAGCGCAACUUAGUCCACGAAACCGGCAACUGUAGCAUAAUGACGUUAACUACGAGUGUGUUGAGUGGUGAAAGGCGGAUGCUUCGUCGCCUGCACCUCCAAACGAUUAUAAAUGUAAAUGUAUGUGAAAUGUGUGUGGAUCUAUAUCACUCCUUAAUUGAUCCCCUCCACAUCCCUAGGCCAUUUGGUGGCAUCCAUGCACUUGAAACAAAGACACAAAACAAACCAAAAACAUAAAAAAAGGAGAGUUAAAUAUGAAAGGUCAAAAGAGAAAAAUAUGCCACCCAUAUUAUUUUGUUGAGCCUACUUUACGCUGUGGUACUUAAUUAAUUAACUACACAAGAGCCAGCAGUAAUACGAAUGCUAAACACACAAAAACAACUAUUGCUAGUACAUAUGAUUAUUGCCUAUUAUAACGUUUACAAUUAAUAUGUUUAAUCCCUUUGUAUGUAAAUCAACCGAUGCAAAUGCAUUGCAAAUGGCGCAGAGUCGCCAGUUUUAUGCAAAUUCAAUAAAAUCGAAUGAUGUCAUUCAAAUAA